AUGGAACUCGUCUCAACAUCAGUUGGCAAGUUUACAGUUGAUCUUUUCAACAAGCUUAAUGAGACCAACAAGGGCAAAAACAUUUUCUUUUCACCUUGGAGCAUAUCAUCUGCUCUGGCUCUGAUGUACCUGGGUGCAAAACACGAUACAGCAACAGAGAUGGCAAAGGUUCUUCAUUUCACUCAAGCAGCAGGAGCUGAAGGCUCUUCUUCUGUGGCCAGACCUUCUCGGGGGAGACCAAAGAGAAGAAAAAUGGAUCCUGAGCACAAGCCAGCUGAAGAUACCCAUUCUGGCUUCAAAGAGCUCCUGACUGCCAUCAACAAACCCAGAAGCACCUACUCACUGAGAACUGCCAACCGCAUUUACAUGGAAAAAACCUUCCCAUUAUUGCCUAGAUACAUACAGCUCAGUAAGAACUACUACAAAGCAGAGCCACAGAAGGUUAACUUUAAGACAGCACCGGAACAAUCCAGAAAGGAAAUCAAUGCUUGGGUUGAAAAACAAACUGAGGGCAAAAUCAAGAAUUUGCUGAGUCCACGAGAUGUGGUAAAUGCCACCAAGCUGAUCCUGGUAAAUGCCAUUUACUUCAAGGCAGAAUGGGAAGAGAAAUUUCAGGCAGGAGAUACGGAUCUGCAACCCUUCCGACUGAGCAAGAACAAGACCAAGCCUGUGAAAAUGAUGUACAUGAGACAUUCAUUUCCAGUUCUCAUCAUGGAAACAAUGAAUUUCAAAAUGAUUGAGUUGCCGUAUGUGAAACAUGAACUCAGUAUGUUCAUCCUCCUUCCUGAUGACAUCAAAGACAGCACUACGGGUCUCGAACAGCUGGAAAGAGAACUGACGUAUGAGAAGCUGUCCGAAUGGACUGAUUCCAAGAAGAUGACCAAAACUCUUGUGGAUUUGUACCUACCUAAGUUCACAAUGGAGGAGAGAUAUGACCUCAGUGAUAAUCUGGCCAGCAUGGGAAUGCGCAGUGCCUUCAGCAGCAAUGCUGAUUUCAGUGGAAUGGCUGAGAAGGGUGAUGUGCUGAUCUCCAAAGUUCUUCACAAGUCUUUUGUUGCAGUUGAUGAGAAAGGCACUGAGGCAGCUGCUGCUACUGUAGUUGUAACAGUAACAAGUGCACCUCUUGGCCAUGUUCUGAAGUUUAAGGUUGACCACCCUUUCCACUUCUUCAUCAGACACAACAAAUCCAAAAGCAUCCUCUUUUUUGGCAGAUUCUGCUCUCCCCUAGAAUGA